ACACAACACAGAGCGAGUGAGUGAGGAAGUAGUCGACACGCACAAGUUGACACUCGCACACUGGCUGCUUUAUCGCUCUUUGACGAUUCCACUCAUGCUCUGUAGACUCUCUUGGACAGGUGCAUAGAUUGACACACAGACACACAGACACACACACACACACACACACACACACACAGACACACACUGAAGCUGCUCCAGUCAGCAGGACUGUUUUCCUCAACAUGGAAAACAAGGCCGACGUAAAGGCCAUCAUGGCUCGUUUUCAAGCCAACGCCGGGAGCUCCGACGAGAGCUCCCCGCCGUCACUAAAACACAAGACGCCCGUCAACGUCACCCUCUCAUCUGGUCCCGCCAUCCCGUCCAAGAAACCGGUCUUGGAGAGUCUCUCGGGCGGCACUUUAAAUCUACCGCCCAAACCGGCCUCCUACCUUAAAAGCACAACUAAAAGUGACACCGAGGUGCCGGCGGCUAACAAAACGAAAGCACUGGCGAGCCGAUUUAACAACAGCCUGGAGGAGACUACGAAUAAAAAACCUUUCCUUGAAAGAGGGCAAACAUCUCUGAAGUCACCGGAAGCGAAGUGGCCUGAAGUCAAAAGUCCCGGAGUGAAGCCCAUCCCCAAGCCGCCUCUGAGCACGAGCGUUUCGAACCCCAGACUUCUAGGUCCUAAACCACCUCCGGCAGCAUCUAAACCGACCUGGCUUAAAGAGGAGAGCAGCGAAGGCUCGCCGAUAAACCCGGCGCCGCCCAAAGAGCCUCCUCUGCACCGCAAACCCAACAGCAGCAUCGUCAAGUUACGGCAGCAGAGCGAGCCCGACAAACCUUCGCCGCCGGCAAACGUCGAGACUUUCGAAAACAAACCCGAGAGUGACCUCAACGUGGACGCCAAAGCGCCUCUCAAUCCCGCCGUUCCUCCACCGAAACCCCCGGCGAGUAGAAAGCCCAGUUUCAAAAUUCCGCCCAGUGCGUCUAUUCAGAACAUUAAUAUUGAUUCGGAACCCAAACGCAAGCCGCUCCCAAACGUGCUCACAUCGGGCCCUGCGCCCGCCAAACCAAAACGACCCCCCAAAGUAGACUUGAGUGGCUUUCGAAAAGCAGCCGUGAUCUUUAAUGGAAAUAACGCCGUCAACAAACCAGUGCCCCCACCUCCCUUAACGUUUGGCACAAAUCGGCCUGAGCCACCUCAAAGUGCACUUCCAAGUCUGCCCCCACGACCUUUGGGAACCAUUGUGCGAGAAGAAUCCUAUGACGAUGUUGAUGCUGUGAAGAUCAACUCGAACCUUCCUCCUCCUCUGCCGCCAUCCACAGGUCAUCCAAGCCUCAGGCCAAAGGAAGAAGACGAUGACGACAGCGGCGAUAUGUACGAGCCUCUUGAUGAAGAGGCGUGGGACGAACACGAGAAGAGAAAAGAAAAAGAGGAGAAACGACAACUUGAGGCCGAGAAGAAAGAACAGAAGGGGCGAGAGAAGAAAGAACAAGACGCCAGGAAGAAGUUCAAGAUUGUGGGCGCCGUGGAAGUGACUCAUCAAGGCAAAGCUUGCGUGGACCACAAAGGCAGCAAGACAGAAUUGGCGCUCAAGCGAGGAGACUGUCUGGACAUUAUUCGAGUCCAAGGGAACCCAGAGGGCAAAUGGUUGGGCCGAAAACAGGAUGGAACCAUUGGCUAUGUGAAGACAACUUCAGUGGAAAUUGACUUCAACACACUGAAGACUCAUCAAGCUCAGCAGGGCUCCACCAGCUCUGAACUCUACGAUGACGUGGACGUGGCCUUGUCGGACAGCAGUGGAAUCAGUGGACAAGCAGUCUUUUUACCGCCUCCCCCAACAGAUGACGAACUUUAUAAUGAUGUCAUCGAUCCGGAUUUGGAUGUGAGUCAUCCUCGGCCCAGGAUGUCUGUUAAGACGUUUGACCUCCUGAAGAUUUUUGAGCGAAACAGACGUCCAGACAGCACUAAAGUACUGCCUCCACCCAGCCAGUUUACAGCCGGCGAAAGUUCAGUCGAUGAAGAUCUCUACUAUGACGUUGACGCCCAAAACCUGCCGCCUCCUCCUCCCAUCAGCAGCAUCCCAACCCUGAGAGGCAGAGGCAAGGAAGAAGAAUGUGAUGCAAAGAAAAUGAAAAAGUUUGACAAAGAAGAGAAAGACUUCAGGAAAAAGUUUAAGUAUGAGGGCGGAAUUCAGGUGUUGUAUCAGGUGACAGUCAGCUCCGCUGCUGUCAACAAAAAGUGGAGCGGCAAAGAGCUGGCGGUCAAACCCGGGGAGAAACUCGACGUGAUCGUCAAGCCCGUCGACAACAAAAUGAUUUGUCGCAAUGAGGAGGGCAAGUUUGGUUAUGUUUCAAUGAGCAACAUUUGCAUGGAUUACAGCGACAUUUACGACGAUAUCGGCGAUGAUUGCAUCUAUGAUAACGACUGAUGAACACCCCACAUCCUGUGUAAAAACAUACAAGUCGUCAAAUAUUUAAAAUGUUAUUUAAUUGUGUUUGGAUGUCUUCACUCAACUGUGUUUUGGCUACUUUUUUUUUUUUUUUUUUUAAAUAAUAUAAAUGGUAACAGUAUUUACACUUCAUUUUAAUUUAUGUGAAGGAUAUUCAAAUGUUCUCAGGUUUGUAUACACAAUGCUUCAUUAUCUUUCCCUGUGAGAUGCCAUUACAAGUUUAAAUGAAAAAUGUUUUUCUAUAUUAACGUAUGGACUAAUGAGACAUACACAAUUUAAAUGUCUAUAUUUUUUUCUUCAGUUCAAUAAAUAUAUAUUU